AGUAAAGGGGUUAAUAGUAAUAAUACUGAGAGUAAUAAUAAGGCAGUAUAUGCAUUCUCCGGUAUAAUGUCGGAGGCCCCGGGCCCUGACCUUUCCCCAGCCCACACACACUUCACUCUGCCAGGAUCUCGCUAUUAAUACACAGCCGUGUAAUCACCGGCGCGGCGUGGGCACAGGCCCUGGGCAUGCCGCUAUUGGCUGCAGCGGGAGAAGUGGGUGCAGGGCCGGAGAAGACUGUGCAGCGCUCCCCGGGAACGAUGGAGGCAGAUCAGGAUACCUCAGUGCUGCGUGUCGCUGCCGUGCUGCCGGCCGGAGGCUGUGGAGAGAGGCUCGGGAGCCGCACCCCGAAACAAUUCUGCCCCGUGCUGGGGAGGCCCCUGAUCAGCCACACCUUGGAGGCGUUUGAGAGAGUCAGCUGGAUAGAAGACAUUGUGGUGGUUGUAGCAGCAGAAAGCAUUCACUUAAUGAAGACAGUUAUUGAGAAGUAUGGCCAUAAGCGCGUCACUCUGGUGGAAGGUGGGGCGACGCGUCACAGGUCCAUCUUGAACGGACUCAAAGUAUUUUUAGGAGACCACACUCUGGGCACCACAGUCCAGAAACCGGAGGUGGUGAUUAUCCAUGAUGCUGUGCGACCUUUUGUGGAAGAAGAAAUCCUACUACAAGUGGCAACAUCUGCCAAGCAACAUGGGGCAGCUGGAGCUGUACGACCGCUUGUAUCUACCGUAAUUGCGUCCUCCUCUGAUGGAUGUUUGGACUAUUCCCUGGAACGAUCAAAACACCGAGCAAGUGAAAUGCCACAAGCGUUUUUAUUUGAUGUCAUUUACGAAGCAUAUCUUAAGUGUACUGACUAUGACCUGGACUUUGGAACAGAAUGCCUGCACUUGGCACUGGAACACGGUAACACGAAAGCCAAGCUGCUAGAAGGACCACCUGAUCUUUGGAAGGUGACCUACAAGCGUGAUUUAUAUGCAGCUGAAUCAAUUAUUAAGGAACGUCUCUCCCAGCAGCUGUGCAUUAUAACCAGUAUGAGAGAAGAAGCAGUCGAAGUAGGAUUCUUACUUCAUGAAAAUCUGAAAAAUCACAUCAAACACGUGAGAGCUAUUUCAUCAUCGAUGUGCAAAACGCCUCAAGCUCUACAGGGUGUUUUUCAUGGGCCGUGCUUUAAUUUUAUUUGCAUAAAUGUAAAGGAGUCUGAUUUUGAGGAAACUCGUAACUUAAUAUACAUACUUCAGAGUGAGAAAGUCAGCUGUUCCAAUCCAUCGGUUGUUGUGUCAGUUCAUUUAACUGGUCCUGAAAGCUGCAGCCGUGGAAUUAAAACUGGAAUCCGUGAGCUUGCAAAGGAAGCAAGUAAGACAAAUAUUUCCGUGUAUGGCCUUCUGAUAACCCUUUCAAAGGAUGCAUCUCAGCUACAAGAAACUGUGUGUGACGGAUCGGCUAUCAUCGCUGCCCUGAUGAAGGACAGAAACCCUGCGCUUGCUGGACAGCUCAUGACUGCAUGAGAGCAGCAAGGGGAACGUUUCGAUGCCGUGGAACAGUUCUCUUCAUGUAUAUCAACUGUUUGCAAUACAGCUUUUCGGGACUGUUGUCCUCAGGCAUACGUUUGCAUUUGUUUAUAAAAAUCUACGUUUACAUGGGCUUGUUUAGAUACUUUAUUCUGUUAGA